GCGUCCUCCCCAAUUUUAUACGGCCGGGGUCUCCGUCGUCCACCGUGGUUUCGCCGUCGGAUCGAAUAAUUUCCCCUUCCCCCCUCCUCCCCCGCCGCGGUCGCCGGUCGGCCUCCGCUCCCUCGCUCGUCGGAGCUUGUUUCACCCCCGAGAACUGGAAGAUGGCUACAAACGUUGGUGAAUCAACAAGCGUUGGCAGCAGCGGUGAUGCUGCUGGGGGGAGCUUCGAGUGCAAUAUCUGCUUUGAGUUGCCACAAGAGCCAAUUGUAACUCUCUGCGGUCACCUGUUCUGCUGGCCAUGUCUCUACCGGUGGCUGCACAUGCACGCGCACACUCCAGAGUGCCCUGUGUGCAAGGCCAUCGUUGAAGAAGACAAGCUUGUUCCUCUUUAUGGCCGUGGCAAGGACCGUGUCGAUCCAAGGUCAAAGAACACACCUGGAGCUGACAUUCCUAACCGCCCAGCUGGCCAGAGGCCUGCAACAGCCCAACAGGCUGAUCCUAACAACAACUUCGGGAAUGCCCAUGCGAAUCCAUGGUUCAUGGGCAUGGGUGCAGGAGUCCCGUUGGCGAAUGCUCGGUGGGGUAACUACGCCUUCUCCGCCGCAUUUGGGGGUCUGUUCCCUAUGCUUAGCUUCCAAAUGCAUGGUAUUCCUGAUCCAACUGCCUAUGCCCAGCCUGCUGGGUUUCACUACGGGUAUGGCCAUGGCCAUGGGUUCCACGGCGGGCAUAUGGGGCCUGCCCAUGGCGUCCCCCGCCAAGGACCUCUUGGACAACAACAGCAGGCAGAUGUCUACCUGAAGGCCCUGCUACUCAUGGUUGGAGUUCUUGUGAUUGCGAGCCUGCUUGCAUUUUAAUUUAAUUGAAGUUGUCAGUAGUUUGCAGGUGUAAUGGUUGUUUGGUGGUAAGAAUUGCUAGAAUUCCUGGGGUGGUUUCAUGGUGUGGGCUUAUCGAUCUACCAAAUGUGACUUAAGUUAGUUGGAAUGUUUAUACGAAGUGUCCAUGGUAUGUAGAUUUGGAUAAGCUUCAACAUGUUAAAGCAUCAUAUGUGUUAUUUGGAUGAUUGUGUAAUUUGUGUAGCUUUGAGCUUUUGGUGAAUGUGAUGUACAAUUGAGAGGUAGUCUCCUUGUGGGUAGUCUGUAUACUGUAUCCAUUUAUACUGGACCACAUUUGCAGUACAUGUAAGAAGUGUCUUGUUUGCACCAGGUCA